AUUGACCCCUCGAUGGGCGAUGAAGAUGCCACGGAUCUUCGCUGCGGCAUGACACUGACUCAACUGCGCAACAUGGACAGCCACAUGGCCAGCAUGCUGCAGCAGCACGCCAAGAAUGGAGGCAGUUUGCCCUAUGGGCCUCCCACACCUCCAGGGGGACAGCACCCACCGGCGCCCUUGCAUCAUGGAUCGCAGCAGAUCGGAGCUCCGUCGGGGCAUCCUGCCCAUGCCGGGCACCCCAAUCAUCCGCCCCACCAUGGCCACGCUCCCUUCGGGUACCACAACGCCUUCGCCUUCGGACAGGGACACGGGUACGGGCACCAGGAGGAGGCGGCGGGCAAUUACCUCAACUCGAUGCAUCAGAUGGUCGAGGCUAAUCAACUGCAGUCGGCCGGGGGCUCUGCAACUGCCCAGCCUCCACUGCCCCUGCCGCCCAGCUCCUACGGCAGUCACCAGCAGCACUUGGCCGCCUUGGCUGCGCAGGCGCAGGAGCAGCAGAAUCAGCACGGCAAAUACGCCAAGUCAUCGCCGAUGAGUGCAAUGGGAGGGGGAGCGGGAGCGGGAUCGGGACCGGGCGUGGGGGCGAGUGCCGGUGCGGGUGGAGCGGGGAACGGGUCAGUUCCUUCAUCGGGCGGGUACUUUGUGGACUCCCAGACGGCGCCUGGCUCGCAGUCGCAGAUUGGCUACGACGAACGUUCAAUGUCCUCCACCAGCGACUUGGAGGACGACGACGAUGACACGACAAAGUUGCACCUCGACGUGACCUCGCCGCCCACCCCGUCGCCUCGCGGUCCACUGGCCCCCAAGCGCAAGUCCGCCGCCGGCGCCUUCUGUGAUGAUAAUGAACCGAAAUUAGCCAACGGCCAGUCGUCCCAGUUGGGAAAUUACGGCAUCCGAGCACGCAGCCUGGACGAGGUGCAGGCCCAGCAACACCAGCAGCAGCAGUCGCAUCAGCAUCAGCAGCAAGGCUAUCAGAGCGAAUACCGCAGCACCUCGAACGGAAAUCCUAAUGGGAAUCCCGGAGAUCAUGGCGAGCGGAUGAACGCCGACAAUGACAGUUUGGUGAAUGGCAGCUGUGCCUCCAGCGAGGAUCUCAACCAGACGAACAGCAGCGAGCAGGGCGAGAAGAUAACCUCCGGAAGCGAUGAUGAAGGCCAGGACGAUAACUGCGCCAAAAAGAAGCACCGACGCAACCGCACCACCUUCACCACUUACCAGCUACACGAGUUGGAAAGGGCUUUCGAGAAGUCGCACUACCCCGACGUCUACUCCCGCGAGGAGCUGGCCAUGAAGGUGAACCUGCCCGAGGUCCGCGUCCAGGUUUGGUUCCAGAACCGACGCGCCAAGUGGCGUCGCCAGGAGAAGUCCGAGAGUCUGCGUCUGGGCCUGACGCACUUCACCCAACUGCCCCACCGCCUCGGAUGCGGCGCCUCUGGACUGCCGGUGGAUCCUUGGCUGUCACCGCCACUGCUUAGUGCACUGCCAGGAUUUCUGUCACAUCCGCAAACCGUUUAUCCCAGCUAUUUGACGCCGCCUCUUAGCCUGGCGCCCACCAACUUAACCAUGAGCAGUCUGGCGGCCAUGGGUCAUCAUCAUGCCCACAAUGGACCACCUCCUCCGCCGCCCCAUGGUGGGCAUGGUCAGCCGCAGCCACCGCCACCUCCACCGCCGCCACACGCAGUACCCCACCCGCACGCCGGCCACCACGUGGUGCCCCUGUCACAUCUGUCGCCGCACCUGUCACGCAUGUCGCCACAUGCCACUUCCUUGGGCUCGCCUCACCACGGUGUCACGGCCCUGACCACGCCUCUGCACAGUAGCCUGCCGGUCAGCUCGACAGCGGCGGCCGCCGUGGUCUCAUCCUCGCAGUCGUCCUCCUCCUCCGCCUCGCUGGAGUGCAGUGGCCCGGACGUUUGCAUGUCGCCCCAGAACCUGAGCAUCGGCAACGCUGACUCCAACGGAGAGGGCCGUGACUUGAGCGACCUGGAAGCCGGCAGCAGCAACAGCAAUCACGGCAGCAGCCUGGACAAGUGCGCGGCCAACGCCAACAUUGAGCUCCUGGACGUGGGAAGGGACAGUCCACCGCCACCACCACCUCCCUCGUCGCAGUCGCAGACCACUGCCGUUAAAUUAUCUGCCACCCCGCCGGCCGACAUGCGCAGCAACUCGAUCGCCACGCUGCGGAUCAAGGCCAAGGAGCACCUGGACAACCUGAACAAGGGCCUGGUGUCCAUGGUCUAGCCCCCGAAUGUUCCUAGCCUCAGUGCCCCCGGCUCCUAAGUUUAGCUCCAAUCAAAACACAUUCCCAACUUCAAUUUCUAGGUGUAUCCUAAGUUUAGUGAAUUUCGUAUGUUGUAAGGACUCGAUUCGGAAGCAGAUUAUACAUAAUCACGUUGUGCAAACUGUACUUGUAAAAUUUUACUACUUCUAUGGUCUAUCGAAAACGCCGACGAAGAAGUCCAAUCCUAAAGAAUAUUAGCACAAAAUAAAUAUGGUCAAG